UCAAAUCUCAGCAAAAGUGUAUUCGAAGAAUCGAAGCAGAAGAAAGGAUUCUCGAGCCCUAAUCUCGAUUCAGAGUCUCUUAUCCUAUUAUCUCAUCUCCAGAUUCUCUCGUUCACUUGUAUUGUCAAUUAGUCGGAAGGAUAUUUUGCGAUUUUUUUCUCUAGAUUCAUCGAGAAGAAGAACGUCGAGGAAGGGGGAGGAGGAGGACCCGAGCUGACGAUUUCUGGGGCUUCUUUGGAUUUUGGUUUGAUUUCUCCUGGGAAGUGUUGAUACAGGAAUCUUUGUAUGUGGCCGCAGAUCCAUUGUUUGCUUGAUCAUUUCUGGAAACUUCAGUAUUGAUUUCGAAUUGUAUUCCAGGGAUAUCUCGAGCGAGGAAUGCGAAGAAUCUGAGCCGGGGAUUGUUUUCUUACAUCUGUAUAUGGAAUUGAGUUAUGCUCUGCUCUGGUAAACUGACGGUGGAUAAAUCGUACAAAUCUAUCAGUGUAAAAGUAGAUCAGGGAAUCGGGACUUGCUAUGAUUGUUUCUGGAAGUUGCUUUUUGCUUUCUGAUUGGAGCAGGACGAUUGGGAAUUGUUUGAGCAGAACUGGCGUCUCUGAUACUGAUCUGAUUUUACUAUUUUGAGCAACAUGAUGUUUUGGAGGGAACGUGAAAGCGCAACCAAGGAGCAGAACGUGGGGUUGCUGUGCGGACAAGUCCGCGUAUUGGUGGUCGGUGACUCAGGCGUUGGAAAAUCAUCUCUUGUACAUCUCAUUGUCAAAGGUUCCUCUAUUACACGCCCAUCGCAGACAAUUGGAUGUACAGUUGGGAUAAAGCACAUUACUUAUGCAAGUCCUGCUAGUUCUUCAAGUAGCAUUAAAGGUGACUCAGAGAGGGACUUCUUUGUCGAACUCUGGGAUGUAUCUGGGCAUGAGAGAUACAAAGACUGCCACUCUCUUUUCUAUUCACAAAUUAAUGGAGUUAUUUUUGUCCAUGAUCUUUCCCAGAGAAGAACAAAAACAAGCUUGCAGAAAUGGGCAGCUGAGGUUGCAGCUACUGGGACAUUUUCUGCCCCUCUUCCUUCUGGAGGGCCGGGUGGCCUUCCUGUCCCGUACAUCAUCGUCGGUAACAAAGCGGAUGCCGCUACAAAAGAAGGCACGAGAGGAAGCAGCGGCAAUCUCGUUGAUGCAGCUCGUCAGUGGGUUGAGAAGCAAGGUUUGCUUCGGUCGAGUGAGGAUCUCCCUCUCACUGAGAGCUUUCCCGGCAAUGGUGGCCUUAUAGCUGCAGCCAAGGAAGCUAGAUUCGACAAGGAAGCUCUGAACAAAUUUUUCCGCAUGUUGAUAAGGAGAAGAUACUUCUCAGAUGAAUUACCUGCAACUUCUACGUGGUCAGUUUCCCCUAUUCCAGCUGCACCUUCACAGCGGUUAGACGACAGCACAACCGACGACGAUCAAUUUUACAGAAGGCCAAGUUUGAAGGGAGAUCCUUACAAGUACAACAUGCUACCGCCGCUUCCAGCGCAGAGAAACCUCACCCCACCUCCCACUCUGUAUCCUCAGCAACCUGUUUUGACACCCGACAACUACGCCUCCAUCCCGAGGUUUUCUCUUACCAGUGCUCACGAAACCAAUAACGGGAGUGCCAGGUCUAAGCGGAUGGACAUUAACGUCUGAACCUCAAACCAUCUCAAUAGCUUUUGUCUUCUGUGUCCAAUGCUGAUGCAGAGGAUGUUUUUUUUUGUUGUUCUAUUCUUUUUUUUUAUUAUUUAUUUAAUUCAGAUUGGAUUUCUCUAUCAAUGGUUCCAAUGGUAGAGGUGCGUGCGGGUGCAAAGUUGAUGCCAAGGAUGGAAUUAUGUAAUCGUGGGUUCACAUAGAGUAGCAAAUUCUUUGAUAAUGUAAUGUUUGUGAGAGCUAAAUGAUGUGCUCUUUUUCAUUUUUU